AUGGAAUUAAUUAGUCACAUAGGGUUAUUGCCUGGUCCGGCUCCUAGCGCCGGCAGAGUUUUGCGGAAAAUCGGCGCGUUUUUCUCGCUUGCAUUGCUCUUUGCAUUUGCUAUUGCAAACCAAAUCUUCAGCUUUUGGUGCCAUUUUGCAGCCAUUGCCUGGCCCCGAAGAAUAAGCAAGUUACAGCGCACGAUUUCUCAAUUUUUCUGGGCGGUCGCAAUUGCUUUGGCCCAAUAUAAUAAGGUUGAAAUCAGAAUUACUGGCGAGCGCAUUACGGCAGACUCGGCGGUGAUUAUCUCGAAUCAUCAGUCACUUGCAGACCACAUAGUAUUAGCACACUUGGCGCAAAGCGCCAGCAUCAAUUAUGUUCCGCGUGUGAAUUUUUUCACAUGGUUUUCGCUCUGGAACAUUCCAUCAAUUCGACUCAUGCUCAAUAUGAUCGCCUGCGACGAGAACUGGGAGCUCACCAAAUCCAUGGCGCUGGCGCUCUUUAAAAAAAUCUCCCUCUCAGACAUCCCGGAGUGGAUCGUUGUCUUCCCGGAAGUUAAUAUUUGGACUCCGACAAGUGCAUACCUCCAAAGGCUACAGAGUCUGAAGUACUACCUUCCCCAAUUUGACCAUUUGUUAUACCCUCGCUUUUCGGCGAUCAACAGUGCGGUAAGCAUGGCGAAAACAACUGGGCGCCAUAAAUUUCUUAAUGUGUAUGACGUGACAAUCAGCUACCCUCAAGCAAGUGCUCCAACACUUGCGAGGUUUUUCUGCUCUGCCGAGCCAAUUCGCGUGUUCGUCCAUGUUCGAAUCAGUCCCAUCUCAUCAAUUCCGUCGAAACGAUCCAAAAUUGAGGCUUGGCUUGAAAGGCGUUGGCUGGAAAAGGACAAGAGACUUGCACGCAUGAGACCUGGCUACAAUAAGUUUGACACAGAUGACACCCACGACACAAACAAUCUUAAUGAUCUGAGUAAGACAGGAAAUCUGAGCGGUAAUGCGAAUGGCUGA